AUGCCUCGCCCUGAGCGCCGGUACGCUUCUCCCGCCCUUGAGUUUCAAGCUCAAGAAUCAAUUAAACACCACACACACACACACACACACACACACACACACACACACACACACACACACACACACACACACACACACACACACACACACACACACACACACACACACACACACACACACACACACACACACACACACACACACACACACACACACACACACACACACAUAAACUCGCCUCAUACCCAUGUUCCUUCCAUCACCGCCAAUCCGGACUUUGACGCCGAGGCAAGUGCCAUCAAGCUGCGCAAGGCUUUCAAGGGCUUUGGCUGCGACAAAACUGCCGUGCGCGAAGUCAUCUUUAGCAUCAACAACGAGCAGCGUCAGACGCUUGCGGUUCAGUACAAGACCACCUAUGGCCGUGAUCUCAUCAAGGACCUCAAUAGCGAGCUUGGGGGCAAGUUUCGAGACUUGGUGUUGGCUGCCAUGGACCCUCCAGCGGAUUUCGACGCCAAGUGCCUCCGCAACGCCAUGAAGGGCUUGGGCACGGCCGACUCGGUGCUGAUCGAGGUCUUGUGCACACGCACCAACAGCGAAAUUGCGGCCAUCAAGGAGGCUUACCAGCGCCUCUUUAAUCGCGAGCUUGAAGCGGACAUUCAAAGCGAGACCGGGGGCAGCUACAAGCGCCUCUUGAUUUCCAUGCUGGCGGGUGGUCGAGAUGAGAGCACCGAAGUUGAUGAGGAAAAGGCCAAGCGAGAUGCAGAGCUGCUGCAGAAAAACGUCUGUGGCUGGUCGCGCGACGAGAGUGUUUUGAAUUCCAUUUUGGCCGUCCGCAGCCCUCGUCACAUUCGCUUGGCCCUGCAAGAGUACGAGAACUUGACGGGCUACGAGAUCACCAAGCGCAUGCGCACCUUCCUUUCCAGCCAUCUUGCGCAAGGUUACAUCGCCAUUGUGUCUUGUUGCCGUAAUCCGGCGCGAUUCUUUGCGCAACAAAUCGAUGCUGCCUUUCGUGGACUGGGCAUGGAUGAGGCCAAGAUCAUUCGCAUCUUUGUGUCGCGCAGCGAAAGAGACCUGGCGUCCGUGCGUGCACUGUACGAAGAGGUGACUGGCACCACUCUGCACGAGGCCGUUCGCAGCGAGUGUACCCAGGACUUCCGCCGGGCUCUGAACGACCUCGGCGCUGGCCACUAA